AUGUUUAGGAGAAUGAGCCCAAACACUUGCUGGCUUUGCAAGAUAUGCAGAGCAGAAGAAAAUGGGAUCAGUUCUAAAGUUUCUUUGGAGGAGGUGCUACAAUGGUCCCACUCUUUUGAAAAGCUGAUAACAAGUAAAUAUGGGCCUAUGAUCUACAAGAUCUACUUGAAGACAGAGCACAGUGAUGAAAACAUAGAAUUCUGGCUUGCUUGUGAAGCUUAUAAGAAGAUCACAUCACAGAGGAAAAGGAUUUCCAUGGCCAGGAAGCUUUUUGCAAGUUACAUUCAACCCGAUGCUCCCAAUGAGAUUAACAUUGAUAGUCCUGCAAGGAAAGCAAUUAUAAGGAACAUGCAAGAGCCCACAGAGUCCUGUUUUGAUGAAGCACAGAGAAUAAUUUACAUGCACAUGGAAAGAGAUUCUUAUCCACGAUUUCUUGAAUCAACGUUCUACCAGAAACUCAAACACAGCCUUCAAACUAAAAGCAAUAAUUCAGAUAAAGGUUGAAAAUUUAGAAAGGUUUCUUCUGGCAUGGAAGUGUUUAAGAUUUAAUGUAGACUGGAGAAAUCAGGCAGUAGACAAAUAUUAUUACCAAUCUGCUAAAUUGUGCUGUUGAUAUUAGAAUUGAUGAGGCACUAUCUUCCCCCUUCUCUUUUCUUUUCCCCAUGGAAGACUUCUGUUUUUUUUUUCCUGUCCCCUCAAUAAAACCCUAAAAACUAGUGAAAACUAGGUAUGAAAAAGUUUCAGCCAAAAGUGAUAGCCUAAGAUUCUAGUCUUUGAUUGAUAUUUGACAACUCUAAGAACAUGUUUUCAGUAUGCUUGAGAGAUCUGAAAUAAGAC